AUGGUUCUUAAUACAGUCUCAGUCGGAACAGCAGUCGCCCCUGUGGUAGUCCAAACUCUCAUCGCUCAUUAUAUCAAACGUGGAUCCCGCAAAGAAAAACCUACUGCACAUAUUUCCUAUGAUGAAGGUCUUAGUUUAAUUCGCAAAUUCCUCAUUUAUGCUUCUCAUCACACAGUCGAAGAUAUUCAGCGCUUUACCUCGCAAUGGGUGCCUCAUCCUCCUUACGUGAAGGUGGACGAGAUAUCCAUCCCCGCCGAAUAUAUAACGGAUGCGGCAACUGAGAUAACUCUUGACUUGGGCCGGCAUGGGGGAAUUGAAAAAGUAGGAGGAAGGGAAUGGUGGCAAUGGAGACGACCAGGGAGUGAACUUAAGGCUGAAUGGAUCGAGACGAGGGCGGAUUAUCAGGAGAGAAUGAGGAGUGGUGGAGAGAGCAAGAGGGUUAUGUUAUAUGUUCAUGGCGGGGCAUACUUUUUCGGAAGUACGGAUGAACAUAGAUAUCAGAUGCAAAGACAUGCCAGGAAGUUGAAGGCCAGAGUUUUUGCACCUCGAUAUCGUUUGUCGCCUCAGUUCCCAUUUCCAUGCGGCCUUUUUGAUUGCUUAGCGGCAUAUUUGUAUCUUCUUUCGGUUCAAGAUCCAACAACUAUCAUUUUGGCCGGAGAUUCAGCGGGUGGUGGGAUGGUUUUGAGUAUGCUGACUAUCAUGCGGGAUAGCGGUAUUCCUUUACCUGCAGGAGCUAUUCUCAUCUCGCCAUGGGUUGAUCUGACCCAUUCCUUUCCAAGUGUAGCCGAAGAUAAUCCUUUGGAUUAUAUCCCAGCACAAGGAUUUCAUCAACGACCAUCUCGAGCUUGGCCACCUCCAAACGCAGAUGACAUGCGAGCCAUAGAGGAAGGACUUGUUAAUAACCUGGUAAAGAAGGAACGCAAAACCUCAUCCCGACAAUCGGAAACAGAUGCGGUUCAAGGAUUCCGUGUCGACAGCCACCCUCCCUCGGGAACACAAGAUAACACAGCUGCUGGAGCUUCACACCCAAAGGGUACGAGAGUACAAUCAAUUCCAGGCUCUACUCCAGAUCUUUCGGUCAUGAUCGAUGGAGAACUAGUUGUGAUAAAGGAUCAAAUUCAAAUGUAUACGACCAAUCAACUCAUAGCUCACCCCCUAGUCUCUCCAGCCCUUCAACCUUCUCUUGGUGGUCUCCCACCAUUACUCAUUCUCACAGGUGGUGGUGAAAUGUUACGAGAUGAACAGAUCUAUAUCGCACAUAAAGCUGCCAAUCCAGCUCAAUACCCAUCCAGAGAUGCAUUCCUCGAUGCAAACCCUCACAAUAAUGCUCGGUCCCAAAUUUCUAAAUAUAAACCAACAGAUGUACAAUUACAAGUUUGGGAUGAUUUAUGUCAUGUUGCGCCAACAUUGAGUUUCACUCGUCCAGCUAAAUAUAUGUAUCGAUCGAUAGCACAGUUUGGAGCUUGGGCUUUAGCUAGAGCUCAGAAGACGGAAAUUGAAAUCUUGGAUGAUGAUGACGUUUCGAUUAUUUCGAAAUCUUCGGAUUCAAGUGAGGAUGCUAAAGAGGCAACUCCCUCUGAAUCUACAGAACAAGUAGGUAAAGCAGGCGAUCCUCUUCCUCCUUUCAAGAACCACAUGAUACGUCAACGUAUCGAUCGCCAUGGGAAUAUAUUUCCCCUCGCCCCAGCCUCCGAGUUGCCAGCUUGCAAGAUGUCACCUGCUGAAAUCGGCGUCAUCAAACCUGGACCAGUCCAGAAAUGGAUGGCGGUGAAGAAAACCUGGGACACGAAGUAUGCCAGUGAAAAGCGAAAAGUACAGAAAAAUAGAGCGAAGGAAAUUUCAAAAGGAUAUGAAACAUUUGGACCACACGACGUACCACCGCCAAGUGCAUUAGCAGGACGUAGGGUGCAGGGGGUUGCGGUUAAAAGAGAAGAAGGCAAGAAAAGGAGUUGGGGAAUGUCGAUGUGGAGUGGAUGGGGUAGUAAACAUGAUAAACUUACCAUGGAUCGAGAGGCAGAAGCGGAUAAAUAUGAUCAAAAACCCGAUACAACGGUCACGAGUGCGGAGGAUGGGGCUGGGGCAAGAGAUGUAAAUGAUACAAUUACGGAGGCAGGACGCCGACACCCAAUAAUGAUGGACGGGGAGUUGCGAGGUAGUAGUCGGGAAAGAAGUCGGAGGAGAAAGGUACUGGAUGAAAAUCAAACUGAGGAGUCAGGGGCGGAUGAACUAUUUGAUGAGAAUACUCCGAUGGCACGAUAUUCUGCCAUGCAACAGGCUGCGAGAAACUCGGAUAAUUUCAUGGCGGAGAGAAAUACUACGGUUAUGCAUGGUCAACUGUCAGGAACUCCUGCCCCGGAAUUCGACGAUGGAGGAGGACUAAAUAUCCCCGAAAUAUUAAUAAGGAGCCCGACGAUUGAGAGGAAUAACGAAGAGGGAGUUGAGAGAUAUAAUAGCGAAGGAGAAGAAAUGAGGAGGCCUACGGCACAUGGUAUAGCGUUCCCGUUUGCGAUGGCUAUGGGAGGGGAGGGGGUAGAUGGGGUUAUGAAAGAUGGUGUUCGGCAGAGAAAUGCGAGGAACGGUGUUUCAGGGAGGCACGCCAAUGCUAGUACAGAGUCGCUGAUUAGUGUGAGGAGUGGGCUUUCUGAGGGACAUGACUGGCAUUUUGAUGAUAAAGAGGGCUAUGUACAAGUCAAAAGGGAAGAGGGAAAGGAAGAGGGAAAGGGGAAUGAUUUCUUGGGUGUGGAACCUGAAACAGGAAUGGAUAGUAGUUCGGGUGUAGAAAGUGGGGGAGAGGGUUUGAGUGAGAAUGAAGGUCAAGGGGGUUUGGGAUUGUUAGGUGGAGUUGAUAGGAUCAUGAAGGGGAAGGGGAAAGACGUUGAUAGGGGACUAGAACCGGAGAUGGAGAAGGAAACGGAGACGGAUGGGAAGACUGAUGUUAAUGGUGUGAGUCCGUGUCUUUCGGCGGUGGGGGGUCAAUCGCGUCCAAAGAUUGAUAGAUUCUUUUCAGCGCAAGAGGUUCAGACAGAGGUUGAUGAGGGUUAG